GACCAUCAGGAUUUGGCCUUAAAUAUGUGUUAGUUAUUAAGAAUAUACAGGACUGCUAGAGGUACCUAUCUGAGAAAUGGGUUUCUCAAGAAUGGCUCAGUUAUCAUGAUUUUAAGAUCAUUUGUCAAAGCUGAUACCUUAUUACAAAUCUUCAGAAAUUACCUUUACAUUGUGACUCUUCAGAAGGAGGCUUGAACUAGCGGUUGAAUUUAACUCAUUGACAAUUUUUUUGGUUUUAGCUGUUUUUUUGGUUUGGUUUUUUGGAUAUGCCAUUUCAAGUUUUUUCUUAAAAAAACAAACAAACAAACAACAACAAAACUUUCUGGAUUAAGUGUAAAUGUACUGUUAAGGAACCUCUUAAUUUUUGUUUGUGAUAUCUAGAGACAAUAUUGGCAUUAGCAUGUAUCUAGUACAAAAAUAAGUGGAGAAACUGACAUACAAGUGAAGUCCCAUUUAAAGCAUCAUAUGGAGCAUCGCCUUGCUCGAAGGCUGAAGCAGCCAGUUGGACGUCAGGCAGCACUUGAGGAUGAAAGUCUAGCUGCCUUGGGAAAUACAGAGGCUUUUACUCUGAGGAAGGAGGGAUUAACAGGAUUAAUACCAGCGAGUAUGGAAAAGAGAUGUGGAAGAGGAGAAAGCACAAAAUAAUCAAAAAUAAUAAUAUAAAUCCAAAGAAAAAACUACAGAUCAGGCCAGAAGUCACCAUGCAAAUUCCAAUGCAUUUUCAGAUAGAUCUCAACAGAAGGAUAAAACCUGUUUAUCAGAAGUUAUUCUUCAAAAGGCACACGACAGCAAUGCAGAGAGGAGUAAAUUUAAAUAAUUGGGUCCUGCCAACCCAGAGAACAGAUGAAAUACCUCACUUGAAGAGCCUGGAGAUUAGUGAUGACAAGGGAAACAACAGAGUGAUGACAGACUCAUUGAAAAGUGCUUUGUUAGAAACUGUUGCUUUAGCUGAAAAUGAGCAUUCCAGUCAGGAUAAUGGAGCAGACAGACCUGUCUACAGUGAAUCCUCAUCACAAAGUACGCUCAGCUGGAGCCCCAGUCUGCAAGCAGGGCUGAAAAAACAAAGUCUUCUACUCCUUUGUUACUGAGGAGCUGGGAGGUGCCUGCUAAUCUGGGAGAAGAUAAACAACGGGACCCUCCUGAUAGUGACAGAGACAGGACUAUAAUUAGGGGACACAUCAAUAUACCAUAUUCAGUCAGAAAGAAAGUCUUUAUGGUCUACAUUUGUGGAGGUUAUCAAAGUAUAGCAAUUGGAAACCAGCCCCAUUCCCACCACAGACACUCCCACACCUUGAGAUUCCUGGACUAUUAUGUAUCACAUCUGGGCUCAUUAUUAUUAUUCACUAUAUAGUGCCCAAAAAAGGUUUGCUAGGCAGUCUAGUUUCAGGGAAAGAGCAUAAGACUGGGAGUCAGGAGGUUGUUGUUCUAAGUCUGACUGCCCUUGACUCACUGUUUGGCCUACAGCAAGUUGUUUCAUUUAUUGUCUCAGUUUCUCCAUCUGUAAAGUAAGAAUAAUAAUAUGUACCUACCUAUCUACCACCUGGGGUUAAUAUAUUGUUUGUACAGUGCUCUAAACAUAUGAAGUGCUAUUCACAUGUAAAGUGUGUGGGGGGGAGGGGGAGGAGAAAGACAGGUACCUGCCCUGAAAAGCUUGCCUUUAAAUAGACAUCAUUUAGGCAAAAAAAGUGUGUGUUAGUAGAAAUGGCAGUCAGCACUAGACUUUUUUUACAUUUAAAUAAGAGUUCCAGGACCCUAGCGUGUGAAACGUCAAACGAGUAUGAACAAGUCAGUCUAUUAAAAAAAGAAACAAUAAAAUUUUCACAUGAUGUCAGCACUAAAAUACUCCCAAUCUGCCAUACCCGACCCUUCAGAAAAAGUCUGGGUACAUUUCCUUUUUCCUAACAGUGGUGUGGAGGUUCCAGUAACUGUACAUUCAGGCUAUCUGUAUAAAAGGUGGGAAUUCUCCCAUGUCCCUUUAAAAAUACAGUUGUCAAGCAUGCUGCAUUUCAGUAUUUAUACCUAAUACAUUUAAAAGAUGACAAAAUAGUUUUUAAAGAUGCUAAUAAUAAAAUUGAUGUAAAGAUGGGAGGGGAAACCACCCUACAAAGAUUGCACACAGGAACAAAUCUGCUGUGAGGUUUGUGUGCCUCAGGCAAGUGCAGUUCCCAGCAUGUAAAGAGAUGGACUCCCAAAAUUUGCCUUCAGAUUUUCAUCCCAACAUUUAAGGGUGCAAUAGUCUUGGAAUUUGGCUGUCCUAUUUUUGAGAAAGGAGCCACUCACAACAUUUGCAUCUGGAUUGUGAACAUCCAAAGGGUUGUGAGUGUUUAAAUCUUUAGUUACAAUGUACACCCUAUGAGCAAAACGGCUAGAAUGUGAUUGGGAAGAUGUGUGCACAUGGUGAUCAUAAACUGUGCACCUUAGGUGACUAUUAUAUGUAGUACCAUCUGGUCAUGAAUGAAAAAGCACAUCAAACCAUGAAAUAAUCUCUAAACUUGUCUUUUAUUUGGGAAAUAUUUUGACUCAUUGAAAUCUUUGUGUUAGCAUGAAAUGCUGCAAAGCUGUAUUUUAUACCAAUAUAACCAUUUAGCUUCAGUAUGCUUGUUUUUUGAGCCAGAUUCAAAGGCAGAUAGAAAUGCAUUCAUGGAAAAGUCAUACCCUUGUCUGUACAAUGACUGUAAAGAAAGAGGUUACAACUUCCGGAUGCUGGACCUAAGAUGGGAGCUAAAAGAUGGUGUCAGCAACAAUCACCACAUGGUUUUACUUCACUUGAAAAUGCUGAAGAAGUGCCAGGAGUUGGGACACCAAACAUUCUUUGUUUUCACUGGGCAAAAGCAUGACAAUCCUGUCAUCCCAGAAAUCAUAUCAAAGAAAAACUUAAACGCAAUUAAAGACACAAUUGAAAGUAUAAAGCUGGUUGCAAUAAAGCUAAAGCAGAAUAUGCCAAGUAGCUUACUAUAUGGUGGCUCAAAAGAGGCAGUUCUGACUGAGAAAACAGAACAGGUAGAUGAUAAUCAGACUGGUGUUACCCAAAAUUUUCUGGGAACUGACAAGUCAUCAAAAGAAAAGACAGUUGAGACCCACCCCAAUAAAGAACCAGAAUCAAAUAUUUCAGAUGAGCAGGAUUUGCCUAAUGCGUCUCCACUCACACAACAUAAACUUGUGGUCGAAUAUGAGAAAGAACUGCAGCUUCUUAAUCAGUGGUACAAACUGGAUGAAAAUUUUGACCCAAGUGUUUACAGGCUUCUACCUAUCAGCACCUUUUACCAGGAUAUUUUCCGCAAGGAUCCUGUACGCAAACAACAAGCUAAGAGUAAAUGGCUGAGCUCUUUCCAGAAACUGCAUAAGAUAUUUCAGGAAUAUGCUCUAGUUGCUCUCGGCCAAGAGACCACCACCACACUACUUAAAACAGCUUCGUCACACUAAUAUCUAUGAGACAAGUGUUAGCUGGGGAAAGGAUGGAAUCAACCCCAUCAGCAACAGAUCCCAUGCCUGCUACUUUGAACACCUGUGCAGUGACUUUCAGAAAAUUGUCAUCACGCUCUUCAACAGAAUGACCUGUUCACAGAAUUUCCCUGGGGGGCUGGAUGCAAGGAAAAGAAAGCAAGUGUAUAGAGGUUAUAGUGAUGAAGAGAUUCUGGAGCACGUCCAGCAUUGUCAAGCACUCAAAUUACAGUGGAACAAAACGUUCUACAAAUACCUCAUCUUACACCUACAGAAAUAAAUGAAAUGAUCACUUACUGGUUGGAAAGGGACCAUCGAAGACUCUCAAGUUACCAACAGCAACUUUUAAUGGAGGCUUGUGCAGCCUGCCCAUUGCCACUCUAUGUGUUUUGUGCCUUUAAAGAGUCAUAUGUGUGGGCAUCCUUCAGUCCAGAGACAGAGGUGUAUCUCCUGCCAAAUCUUUCUAAAAUGUACUCACAGUUACUGAACAGAAUGGAAAAAAAACAUGGGGAGCAAGUUGUCAAAAGAAUGGCAGCUUACAUCACCCUGUCAAGAAGCAGUAUAGCACUGGAAGAACUACUAGAUUUUUUGUCUCUGGAUGAUGCAGUAAUUCAGGAAAUAACAAAAUACCAAAAGGUGUCCAUUUCAGUGUUCCCCCUAGUGUUAUGGAUGAAACUUCAGGAUGAUCUUGGAGAACAUCUGAUAGAACAAAGAACUGAUAACACUUAUGUUUUCAACUGGGCUCAUUCAUUUCUGAAGCAUAUCUGUAUGGAGAGAUAUCUGAAAGUGUAUGAUUCACAGCUGUCUUUUCAUGCUGCCUUUAAAUAUUAAAUUAAAUUAAUGGAGAUAUCCUAUCUCCUAGAACUGGAAGGGACCUUGAAAGGUCCAGCCCCCUGCCUUCACUAGCAGGACCAAGUACCAAUUUUGCCCCAGAUCCCUAGGUGGCCCCCUCAAGGACUGAACUCACAACCCUGGGUUUAGUAGGCCAAUGCUCAAACUACUGAGCUAUCCCUCCCCCCUUUGCUGAUUACUACCUAGGGCGCAGGCUUCCUCAUGGUCUUGGGAAGUACGGAGAAGUGAUCACUUCCCAGCCUCUGGCCUGGGUUUUGAAGAAAGAAUUCAAAGUCAAUUAUGUUUUCAAUCUUCGUAAACUUUUUGGAACUUCAUAUCACCUGAUCAGAUCUAACAAUAUUCCCCAUUCUGCUAAUAACAGAAUGUCUGUUUAAUUAUGAAUGUCUCUUGCAUAAAGUAUGGGCUUCAUCAGUUAUCAACAUAGAAGAGGAUUUAAAAGC